AUACCACUGGAAGAGAUGAUGCGUAAUCGCACUGCCGACCGGAGCCUGGACAGCUCGAUGCAGGAUGUUACGUCUGUGGCGCCGGAUCAGGACAAAGCCAGUAUGCUGGUUCAUCUUGGUACACCUGCUCCGAGUACAGCCAACAUCCCGCACCCACUGUACACGACGGUACCCGGCGGUGAUGACGACUUGGAACCGGACUAUCAGGAGCUGAACAACGCAACGCUGAAAUCUCGCACGGCACCCGCGCUCGAGCCCGAGGGCGCCUCUCUGGCUGCCGCAUCCGAGCCACCAUCGCCGAGCCUGGCGGGCGGAAGGGACUCGGCAUCUCCCACGGCCCGUGAUCCGACAACCGGUGAACCAAUGUACAAUGAGAUUCCCAAUGAUAUUCCAAAGGUUUCCGUUCCACCAGCUGCAGUGGCAACGUCACACACCUCUGUAUCGUCCCAGGCAACUGAAGAUCCAAACUACGAAGAAGUGCCUGAGAAGCCCCAGUCAACAUCAGCUGCUGUUGAUAUCGUUGUGACAGUCAGCUCACCGAUGGGUGAAACCAAGUCUGUUCACAGCACGAGCGAGGGGUCCGGUAAAACCAGUCCAGCGGCCAGUAAAGUCAGCGUUGACAAAGUGGCAGAGACAUCAACAGAGCACAGUAACACUGCUGCAGAUCAGUCUGUCGCUGCAGCACCCAAGGCCUCCCAUGUCUACUCGAUGCCCACACCGCGGAGUGAGAGAGGCGGCUCAGAUAAUGAUGAGGCUCCGUCACUAGGUGGCUCAACGCAUGGUCUUUCCGGCAGCCAGGGUCAUCUCAUAUCACCCGACGUUAUGGAGCUGAUGGCAGAACUCGGCAUUGAAGAGAACGAGAAGAAAGAUGAGGAUGACGACGUCCAGAAGGAGAAUGACGACAAGGAUGAAGAAGAUGGCGGGUCGGCAGAACCGGACACGUUUGAGGCAGAUCCAUUCUCACAGCCCGAUGCCACUCAGUACGCUGUUGGAGAAAGAUGUGUCUCACCCAUUUCAGGCAGUGGCCUGGCUGAGUAGGUGAAAUCUCUCUUGCAAAACAGCUCCCUUUAGUUGAUUGGGUAUCGUGUGGUAUGGUAGCUAUGCGUACGUUCCUGUAACCCUGCUGCUGUUACAAGCACUAUGGCCACUGCACGUACCCUCCGCUUAGACAGUUACUCUCCUAGAGACAAGCCAGUUGUUGAUCACCUGCCUGACAUAUGUGCAUACUCAUCUUGGCUGGAAUGAAACCUGGCUGCAGCUAAAACGUCACCGUGAGCAAGCAACUACUCACGUGGCAUAGUAGAAUUUGAACGUGGAGCGCCCUGCUGUACAUGACUGGGCGCCAACUUUAUGAGAACCACAUGCACGCAGCAUACGCCUAUCUCUCUUGAAGUCAUUGUGCUCUUUCUCCCACUGAUGUUUUGAAAACUGCUGAAGACAAACGUAACUACCGUUUUAAAAAAUGCCUCCCCCAACAGAAAAAUGCCUCUAAUUAUGACCAAACCGGACUACGCCACUUACAGCACUCCCUCGGCUACAUUCCUUGCCAGCACUUGCUCUAUUUUUGAUUCAGGCCCGGGGUGCCGUGACAUGUUUGCAUGCGACAGCAUCCAAGCUGUCUUUUUUCUUUUUUUUCUGUGAUAUUCUCCAAUCCCUCCCUCAUAACCCCUUCUUGAUUGCGACCAUUGUUCUCGAAUGUUCUGGCGUUGUCAUCAUCGUCCUUGUAUCCGGUUCUAAGUUCUAAGAUAUUGUGCCAAUGGGUGAAUAGUUUGA